AUGGUUUCUGGUUUUAUUACCAGUGUAGAGGGGAAAGUUAUCCCUGGAAAGUACGUGGUUCUUGCAAAAGGGCAAAAUUCACAGCGCAUGAAUGACCUGCUGAUCCCUGUUUGGGUGAUUUCGAGCCAGGAAGGAACAAUAAUUUCGGCCCAUUGCAUGGGUUGUAAGGCUGGCUUAGCAGAAAUGUGUUCCCACGUUGCAAGCGUGCUAUUUUACAUCGAAGCAUGGACAAGGAUCAGUGGAAAAUUGGCCUGCACGCAAGUCAAAUGCACGUGGCUUUUACCUUCGUAUGUGAACGAAGUUACUUAUGCUAGAGCUCGAGACGUCAAUUUUAAAUCAUCGAAAAAAUUAAGAGAAGAGAUGGACCUCAAAAUAGAUGCUUGUGAGGGUGAGAAUCAGUACCAACCACCAGCUCCAGCAAGAAUUAUUAAACAUGAUGAGGAUGAAAUGAAUGCCCAGCUGAAGAAGUUAAAUGAAUUGAAUGUAAAACCAGUCAUUCUAAGUCUUUUUAAACCUUAUUCUGAAAGCUUUAUGUUAAGAAGCCAACCCGUACUUACAAUGCCAGAUUUGUAUGACCCUAGGGAUCUUAAACUAAGCUAUCCAGAUCUUCUGAAGCAAUGUUUUGAGGUCAGCUUAGACCUGAAUGAUAAUAAACUGGAUACCAUCGAAGAAGACACAAGGAAGCAAUCCAAGGGGAAUCUUUUCUUUAGACACAGAGCUGGCCGCAUUGGGGCCUCAGUCAGUUGGACUGUGGCACACAGUAAUCCAAUGCUGCCAUCACAAUCACAAUCAUCACAAUCUUUGAUCAAGUCUCUCUGCUACCCUCACCUUCAAAGUUAUCUCUAA